CGUGUGCUCCCAGUCCCCCCCUAUAUCAUCCAGUCCAGAUGUGAGCACCAGUUACAGACAACUCACUUUCAGAGCAGACUGUCACUUCUGGGCUCCAGAUUCAAAUCAAUCGCAGACAUGAAUGCAAAAUAUGCAGUUGCACUGAUCCUGGCUCUGCAGGUCUCCAUGAGCCUGUGCGAUGUUCCCGCACCCGAUCAGGAGCUUGUAGACAAAUACGAUGCCUACAGGUCGGUGUUCUACAAGAGGCUGCUGAACGCUUACAGCAAGCUGCAGGCGGCCGUCGGUCCCAUCGUCGACAAAAUCGGAGAGACCCAGCAGGGCGCAGGCGCCAAGGAUUUUGUGGUGGAUAUGCAGAGCAAACCUGAGCUGCAAGCUGUCGUAAAGGUUGUCAGUGGAAUGGCUGAGGAGGUUGCCCCCCUGGUGGACAAGGCCCGCACCACUCUCCUGGGACUGUACGGACACUACAUGCGCCCCACCGUUGGUGAUUUCCUGAGCGACUCCAUCGACAACAUCAAAGUCUACCUGGACAAGUUCAUGCCUGCCGAGUAAAGAGCUCCGCCCACUUGCUGCAGCUCGACAUGACCACACAGCGCUUCAAAGCCCAGGAGAAGAAAGAGCAUCAUCUCGUAUUAAUGUGGCGAGGCAGCAUCAACUCGCCAGCGCCGCCUACACUAAAUGUACUCAGCAUGUACAAUAUGUUGUGUUAGGUACACUAACUGUAGUCUUUGUACGAUUGUGUAUGUAUGUGUGUGUGUGUGUGUGUGUUCAAUAAAUUGAACUGGGAAAAUAA